AGCAGAAUAACAGUCGUCGGAUCUCGAUUCGACCAGGAAGAACUAACUUGCAUGGUUUUGAGCAGUUUUAGUGAAUUUUUGUGCUCGGUGAUGUACAGCUAAAAAUAAUAACUGCUGUAAAUCCUACAUGGAUAUAGUGUUGGGAAAGUGUUUUCGUGUCACUUGCACCGUUAUGGUUAUUUAAAGAAAAGUUAUACUAAGAAUCGUUGCAGUGUUAGAAUAAAAUAACGUUGACCUGUUCGACUGCACGGUGAUCCUGAAGCGAUGCAACAAUCAGGGAAAAGGAUUAAAGUGCUUAAGCUCUGCUGCUGUCUGUACCUGCUGGCUGCAAUAUUAGUGACGAAUGCCAAACCGGAGGCUCCACUCAAUUCGUACCUACCGCCAGGGCACAGCCAAGGUAAUGGAAAUAGUGGGUAUCACGACGACGGAGAUCAUGGUGACCACGAUCUAGUGCCGCCAUCGUCCAGUUAUGGUACACCCGACAGCAGCUAUGGACCUCCACAUCACCAAUCUGGCUUUCGACCGGACCAUCAUGAGCAUCAUGAACACCACGAGGACCAUACCGAAUCGUACGAUGAUGAACCUGCAAAAUAUGAAUUUACCUACGAAGUUGACGACGAGGAGGCGAAUCUUUCGUUUGGUCAUGAGGAAAUGAGAGAUGGAGAUUAUACCACUGGAAAAUACAACGUUCUGCUUCCUGAUGGUAGACGACAGAUUGUGGAGUACGAAGCGGAUCACAAAGGAUAUCGACCAAAAAUUACCUACGAAGGCGGAGAUGAACAUCCUCACCAUCACAGUCACCCUCAUCUGCACAAACAUCACCAAGGCUAUCCACAUGAAACGCCUAGUAACCAGUUGGGAUACCCGGAGAGUGGACAUCAUCAUCAUCAGGAAGAGGAAACUGGUCACGAAGGCGGCCAUAGUCGAGCAGAUCACGGCAUCCAUGAUGGUGGUCAUAAUGGUUAUGACAGCAAUGGUCAUGAGCAUCCUAGCCACCGCGGGAAUGGUUACUCGCACGAGAACGGAAAUGGUCAUCACCGUCGGCGACACUCAAGUGAUGGUCACGGCAGCAAUGGGAACGAACACAAUGGAAAUGGGCACCAUCAUGGACAAAGCCAUCACGGUGGUGGUGGAAAUGGGAAUGGGAACGGAAAUGGCAAUCGAAACGCUGGUCAUCACAAUGGAGCAGGCCAUCGUCGAAAUGGAUACCAUUAGGAUCUAAGGAAGAUGCGAUAAUGAAACACUACCAUAACGUAAUGAUGACCGAGGCUCAACUCAAAUGGUUCAAAUCUAACUAAUGCAUUUAAUCCCCGUGUAGUACAAAUUAGCGAUACUUCAUCAUAUUUAUUCAAGUUAUCAACAACGCUAUUAGCAGGUACUUAAUCGGAUCACUUCAUGCUGAGGACCCGACUAAUUAACUUGCAUGUAUAUCUUAAAUCAUUGUUAUUUAAGUAGAUAGAAACAAUACGCUCAAGCCAGUAAAGUAAUAAAAAACAUGCGAAAUAAUAAAGCACUAACCCAGCAAGGCAACCAUCGGGACAAAAAAUCCACUGGCUCCGUUGCCAAAACGCUGGAGUCCGAUGGUUCUUAAAAUAUCUACCCACCAAUUCAAA